GUGUUUACUGUUUCCGCAUUCAUUCACAGGACAGGACACACGGAGCAACAUGGCUGCUAUUGGCCGCAUAGUGGACAAUUUAGCUGAUUUUUGGCGACGGUCGUACACGCGUGCUUAUUUGGCAUGUUUAUUCCUUUUUAUUACAUUUUUAGGAUCGUUUUUUAAAAAAAAGGAACUUGUACCGGAGAGCUACUUCAGCAACAGCAGAAACGUUUUAAAUGUAUAUUUUGUGAAGAUUUCUUGGGGAUGGACCCUUGGUUUACUGCUGCCAUUCAUUCUUCUCUCUAACACUUACAAGAAACCCUGGACGUUUGUGUUGAAGCGGCUGACGUCACUUCCGGUGGCAACAUUGAUCUGGUACUUCUGCACUGAGGCUUUCUGCCUCAUUGAAGAAAUUACAGGUUCAUGCUAUGAGUCAGAUACCAUGCAGGUCAUCCAUGGUAACAUAACCACAAAGGCAGCAUGCAGAAAGGCUGGAUUCAUAUGGGAUGGCUUUGACAUAUCCGGACACUCCUUUAUCUUGGCUUACUCUGCUCUUGUUAUUGUGGAGGAAAUGAUGGCCGUGUCACACAUACCGAGUUCUGACAGAAAUGUUUUUCUUAACUGCCUUUAUAUAGCCCUUAACGUGAUUGUGGCUAUCUGGCUACUGAUGUUUACGAGUACGUCAAUAUAUUUCCAUGACUUUUGGCAUAAGCUUCUGGGAACAUUUUUUGGAAUAAUGGGGUGGUGUGUGACCUAUGUUGUUUGCUUCCCAAAGUUUAGUUUACCAGGUCUUCCUCCAAAGGAAAGUGAGGAGAAAAAAGAUCCUUAAUGUUAGAAAUGAAAACGCAUCUAAACUUUCUCAUCCGUUUAUUUUUGAGUUACAUACUUUCACACAUCUUCAUAGUUUGUGCUUUAGUUUUAUGUCUCAUGGAAAGUACACGUGGAGUUGCCGAUGUUCUGCAGCUGGUAUUCCUAACAUGACAAUCUGUAAUAUGAGAGAGAUAUUAUGAGGACACAUCCACUGAUCCUUAUUGUCGCCUUAAGAAGUUCACUGGAUAUACAGAGGGCCGAAAUUGCAAACGUUUUGCCUUAACAUUACACUGCAACCUUAUGUAAUCGAACCUGCAACCAUCAGCUUAGCUGACUUGACAUUUAAUAGUUGCAAUUUUUCCCUUAACACCAAUACAUAUUUAUAAAUAUUUAUUAAUUCAAACAAAAAUAAGGUGCUCUGGUUUGACAAAACAGAAGUUUUUAUUUGUGUUUAACAAGAUCUCAAUUUAUGGUAUAAUGAGUUUAUGGUGCAUACUUGUAUUAUGAUUUUAUAAAGUACAUUCAUUGAGAUCUUAUGAUCUGUCUACCUAACCUGUUGUUUGUUCAUAAUGUAUGUGCCAUUCUUAAAGGAACAUGGCGACUUUUUGGGACUUUAGCUUUUUCACUGUAUCCCCCAGAGUUAGAUAAGUCCAUACCUUUUUCAUCUCUGUGCGUGCCUUAACUCUGUCUGACGCACCCACCGCUAGCCUAGCUUAGCACAAAGACUGGAAGUAAAUGGCUCCAGUUAGCAUCCCGGGAACGAUAUUCUCAGAAGGCGAAGUACUGGUACUUGGGUGGAGUGGUUUGCUCGCAGCACCUAAGAAGCCCCGUAGUAUAGCCCAAGUAGCAUUGCUAGCCGGAGCCAUUUACUUCCAGUCUUUGUGCUAAGCUAGGCUAGCGGUGAUUGUGUCAGACAGAGUUAUGGGACACACAGAGAUGAAAAGGAUAUGUAUGGACUUAUCUUACUCUGGGGGAUACGGUGAUAAAAACUAAAGUCACAAAAAGUUUGCAUGUUCCUUUAAGGGAUAAAUCUUGAUGUUCUUCAAUGUUCGCUACCGUUCAAAGUUUUGAAAUACUUAUUCUUUAUUUAUAUUUUUCCACAAUCUAGAAUAAUAAUGAACUUAUCAAAACUAUGGAAUUACACAGUUGUAAUUUUAGGAAGUAUGUUGUGACUAAAAGCAUCCAAAAUUACCCAUUCUGUGUUAUAUGUUAGCAUUGUCACAAUAGUCACCCUUUGCCUAGAAUUUACAAAACCAUCGUGGCAUUUAAUAUGAAGCAGAUGAUUUUGAAACCGCAUUGAAAGAAUGUCCAGUUGUUGGCUUUGUAUACUAAAGUAAUUUCAAACACUUAAAGAUUAUAAGAUUUUUUAAGAUUAUGAGAAACAUUUCAGUCAAGUGUUUAAAAACUUUUGAACGCUAGUAGGGGUGUUGUCAAUGGUGAAAGUUUGAAUUGGUUUAGGUUAGUUUUAGUUUGGAAAACGUUCUCUUUGUCUCCUAGUUUUUCCAAUGUACUUUAGGGGACCGGAUUAAUACUGCACUGUUUGAGUGUAGUGGAAAACUUGCUUGCAUGCUAAAUUGUGUGUGUGUGUGUGUGUUAAUAUACACUAAUCCACAUUUGAAGUGGAUCAAAAAAGAUAUUUGGUUUGGGUAUAAAGACAACUUUUAUGAAAGGUUUUGAUCCACUUCAAAUUUUAACUAGUAUAGUUUGAUUGCAUAAUGGUAUUUCAUACAAGUUUAACGAUCAAUGCAAAUGAAAUGUAAAUUAAUUGUAAAAUAGCUAUAAUGCAAAAUGGGAACAUGCUGCCUGAAGACGCACAUCCUUGUUUGUUACAUUGGUCUCUAUUAGCUCAAUAAUACAUAAAUAAAGGUUCAAAAGUCAACAUCUUAUUGAAUUACAGUUGUUAAAUUACAAUGUUGCUGUAUGUUACUCAUUUAAACAAAAUGUUGACACUAGUAGUAGUAGUCGGUUUAUUUCAGGAAUAUAUGGCCUCUCGGCCCAAAAUUCCACAAAUAUCAUACCAUGGCGGACAAUCUCUUUUUCAUUCCUUGAUAUAUAUACAGUGCCAAUCGCCAUGCAUACACAGAAUCACACAUACUUGAGACAUCUUUGUGGACAUCACCUACAAGAGUAAAUUCACUUAAAUAUUUCUCACGUAAAUCUAUGUACAAAGGACAAACAUACAAAAAGUGCUUCUCAUCUUCUAUCACAGAAAUUUUUGUUAAGUUACAAUAAUGACAGAUUCUUUCUGCAACUGGUG